AAAGCAUACAAAACAAUGAAGCUCUCAAUGCUAGUAGCACUUGUUCUUCUCUUCACCUUGAUCUCACAACAAGCACUUCUUGGAGCAGCUGAAGCUUCACCUGAGCAAGUUGUAGACACAUCAGGGAAGAUGCUCCGAGCUAAUGUCAAUUACUAUAUACUUCCAAUCAUGCCUUUUGUUCGAUGUGCGCCUAAUAGAGGACACUGUAUAAGUGGUGCUAGCCUUGGUCUUGCAGGCAUUGGAGAAGCUUGCCCUCUUGACGCCGUGGUUGUGGACCGAUCUCGCGGCAUUCCAGUGACAUUCACCCCUGUUAAUCCAAAGAAAGGUGUUAUUCGUGUCUCUACUGAUUUGAACAUCAAAUUCUCCACUCACACGAGUUGUCCUCGCCAAUCCACAGUGUUGAAGCUUGAUCAUUUUGAUGGUUCUAUGAGACAGUGGUUUUUGACCACUGGUGGUGUUGUUGGUAACCCAGGUUGGAAAACCAUUAACAACUGGUUCAAGAUUGAGAAGUAUGAUGGUGCUUACAAGUUGGUCUAUUGUCCUAGCGUGGUGAAAUCUUUGAAGCAUUUGUGCAAGGAUGUUGGGGUGUUUAAGGAUGAGAAGGGGAGGAACAUGCGUCUGGCUCUCAGUGAUGUUCCAAUCAAAGUCAAAUUCCAACAAAUAUUGCCAACAGUAGAGUCGAAAUCUUUGACCGCAACUUUGCAUGCAUCUAUAUUUUAUGAAUCCAAAGAUAAGAAGAAUCAUACUAGAUUAGGUUGUUCAUCUCCUUUAAUUCAUUACCAAAAAACAAUGAAGAACACCCUGUUAGCUUUUGUCCUCCUCUCUGUCUUCACCUCACAACUACUUCUUGGAGCAGUUUAUGCUUCACCAGAGGAAGUGAUCGACACAUCAGGCAAGAAGCUCAGAGCUGAUGCCAAUUACUACAUCAUUCCAGCAAAACCCUUCACCAUAUGUGGCUUUGUCAGUUGUUUCACUGGUGGAGGCCUUGCCCUUGACAUGAUUAGUGGUUCUUGCCCUCUUGAUGUGAUAGUUGUGAAAGCAAAUCAAGGCCUUCCACUGAGGUUCACACCUGUAAUUAAGAAAGGUACUUCUGUUUAUGUCUCCACUGAUCUGAACAUAAGGUUCUCUAAUGCUGAUUCAAGAUGUCCACACAAUUCCACUGUGUGGAAGCUUGAUCAUUUUGAUGCAGCUACAGGACAAAAAACUGUGACCACUGGUGGUGUUAUGGGAAACCCAGGUUGGAAAACCAUCCUCACCUGGUUCAAGAUUGAGAAGUAUGAUGAAGCUUAUAAGCUUGUGUACUGUCCCUCUGCCUGUCCAUCUUGUAGCCAUGAGUGCAAGGAUCUUGGAAUUUUUGUGGAUGAGAAUAGGCAAAUGCAUCUUGCUCUCAGUGAUGUUCCCUUCAAAAUUAAGUUCCUGCAGUCAUGAACAAGUGUAUUUAUCUAGAUCAUUGUGUUAGAUUUCCUUGUUAAAAAUAAAUAAAAUGAAUAAUGCUUUCUUCCUACUGUUACAUUGUCACCAUGGAAUAAUAAAUGUUUUGUUUUAUCAUA